GAUGACACGGAGGAUCAGCAGCCCGGUGGCUCUGAUGCAGAAGCUGCUGAAGGCGAUCCUGACAAUGACAAUGAGGAUGAAGAACAGGAACAUGCUGCAAGGGAUGGCGGUGGCAGGGAAGGUGCAGCAGGAGACCAAGCACGUCCGAAGACCAAGACCGAACUGCAGAAGCUACGCGAAAGCUUCCAGAACACCUUGCACUUGUGUGGGCAUUUCUACGCAGAUCGAAUAUUGCAGAGAGAGAUGCGCAUGGUCAGCAUAGCCUGCAGGCCUCUGAGGAUGUCAUACAGCGAGACGCUGAAGCUCCAGGGCAGCCAGGCUGGCUCAGUGGAGUUCCGUGCUGCAAGGGCAAGCGGUGCCUGGUUCAAGACGGUGAUGGCCACCCUGGGCCUUAUCCAUGACACGUCUGGGUUGGAGCGGUUCGGUGUGACAGUUUCAGCUUCGGCGGCUGCUGUUGCUGACAACGACAAUCUCCAGACGGAGAGUUGGUUCAUGGAGGAGUGUGAUCUCGUGGCUACGUUCUGGAAACUUCUGGUGGAGUUGGCAUCUUCGAGAUGCUGGUCGCAAGUGCAGUUCAGCACGCUCCUGCCCAGUGCACUGGCUGCAGUGCUGCAUGAGGACAAUGGUCCAGGAAGUCUCGCGCAACAUCUGUUGCUUCAGCUGCGGGAUGUUUGGAAUGCUGUGGUCAAAGCAGAACAGGCAUCAUCAACUGACUCCAGAAUGCCGCCCAGUGCGAAGGCUGAGCUGAAGCGUGUUCUGCUGGAUCUUGGUUGGAACCGGGUUCAAGUUUCCAGAGAAGCAAUGCUGGAGUGUGCAGCAGCUGGCUGGCAAGCUUCACACCCACAGGUUCAAGCCCAAGCAACGGCAUUGUUUGCGGGACCAGCGCAAACGAAGCAGCUUGAAGACCUUUUCGCGCAUUUGGCGUCGGUAGCCCGGGCAAGCAGUUUGCCAACUUACUUCACUGUGGACGAUGAUGAUCGCAGCAGGGUGCCCAUGUGGGUAUGGAACAGCAAACUGGUGGAUUCUGAGUGGAAGCGCUACAUGGUCAAGGUGGCACACCCCCUUGAAGUUCCUGCAGACCUCCGCGGAUAUGGCAUUGUUCUUCAGAGAAUCGGCCCAGCAGAGAACAUUGUGAAGGGGGCUUUGCAGUCCGGCAUCUUUCUCAGCAAGGCACAGCUUCAGAAGCUCCAGACGGAGUACAAGUUCGAGCUUCCAGGCAAGGGCUGCGGCAGCGGCAAAGGCGGCAACCUGGUAAAACUUGACUAUGCAGACCGCCUCCUUACCUAUAUGUUCGGGGCUGAGCUGCCGCAACUCGAGCGGAAGCGCAUGCUGAGCUUCCUUCUCGGCAAAGCAUGGAACCGUUUAGGCAAGGGCGCCAAGCAUGCCCAGGAGAUACUUCAAGCCUUCAAAAGCCUUGAUCCUCAGGAUCAACCCACGUUCACAGAGUUGGCCGCCGUCGCGGCUGAUGAAGAGAAGCUGACCAAUGUCCGCAGCAAACGGGUUGACAUCAAGGCUGUGCAUGCUAGCCCAGCACACCUGACAUCGAAGGAGCUGGCAGGGCUGCUGCCACAAGGAAAGGGCUUCACCUGCCGUUUCAACCGACACCCUGUGGAGCAGAGGUAUCAAGUCUUCGUCUUCCAUGCUGCUACUGGAAUCUCAGCAGGAUUUAUUAAAUUAUUACCAGCCAGCAGCUAA